AUGGCCGCCCAUCAGUCAUGCCCGGCCGUGGCCGCGGUAGAGCCCACGUCUGCUGUGUCUCAAAUAGGAGCCUUGGCUUUGGAUUUUGCAUCGAAGUUGUCAACCUUGUCAGAGGCAGAGAGAUGUGAAUUGAUGCACCGGCUUGCUCUAACGACACCUGGGACUAGUGAAGAACUGUCAGAGGAUGAGACGUUUUCGGAGACUAUUCUUGGGCAAGCCCUGCUGAUGUUGUUUUCACUGUGGGUCUUGGGCUUAUUCGCUUAUUUUGGACGUGCGGUUGUGAAUGAGAGAAGACGGUACCACAGCCGUCAGGCACAGAGGCAAGGGACUUUCACAGAGUAUUUGCAGUAUCGCUUUGGCUACUGGUACACCUGGACUGAACAUUCGGCGGCCAUUGUCCUCAUGUCAAUCUCGCUGGCUUUGCUCAUCUUUGGUGGAGCACUCCUCAGAGUCCUCAUUCAGCAGCCUUUGUCCGAGGGCUUAUGGUCUGCUUGGCUCUGGAUUGCAGCACCUGAUGGCGGGGCCUCCGCUGAAACUGCGGCUGGCCGUCUCGUUGGCUUAAUCGUGUCAAUUGGUGGGAUGCUUGUGUUUGCCCUUCUGAUGUCAGUCAUAUCUGAAAUGUUUGAGGAGGCGUUGCGCACUUUUCGGAAUGGCACUCUACCAGUUAUCGAGGGCAAUCACACAGUCAUCAUCGGCUAUGUCACGCCGACGCUCAGGAUCUUGGCUCAGGAGCUUUGUGCUGCAUGUGAAAGCGAGGGUGGAAUACUGAUCGCCAUCCUUUCCCCGAUGCCAAAGCCUGAAGUAGAAGAGCUCCUGAGAGAUGGCGACGCAGGCUGGAUGAAGAACUCGACGAUUGUUGUCCGUUCCGGUGAUGCCUGCAAAGUGGAAGAUCUCUCGAAAGUUGCGGUGCAGGGAGCCAAGAAAGUGAUCAUCAUGAGUAAGCCAGGAGUUUCCCGGGAGGAGGCUGAUGCAUCGACCGUCAAUGUGCUGCUGGCUCUGCGAAACAAUCGCUGGCCGCGAGAAGGUGUGUCAGUGGUACAAUGCCAGUUGGUUCGCAACCAGGGGCUUUUUAAGCGGCUCUUGACUGACGGAUCGCAAGUGGUCACUGUCAAUGACUUCAUCGGUGAACUUAUGGUGCAAUGUAGCAGGCAGAGUGGCUUGGUGCACGCAAUCAGGUCCGUGUUCAGCUUUGAGAACGACGAGUUCUAUUUUCAGCAUGUGCAGGGCACUGCUGGACGCACUGUCAUGGACUUGCUGUUUUCUCUGCCGAAUACCAUCCUCAUAGGGAUCAAACCACCUGGCUGUGAGCUGGAGGUGCUACCAUCAAUGGACCGUACCCUUAAGGGCGAUGAAGAGCUUUGUGUGCUGGCCAAGGACGAUUCAGCAGUACCCAGACAUGCUGCACCAAGCUCUCUGGAUUUCGGGCAGAUAGACUGCAGAAGAAUUGUUGAGCGCAGUCCUGAUGAGCCUCAUGCUGGGCAGACGGUCAUCAUUCUCGGAUGGAACAACAGCAUCGGUGCCAUUCUCGGUGAGAUCGACGACGACGUUGGCCCGGGGUCGCAAGUCAUCAUUCACGCACCUGAGGCGGUUUCAAUGCGGGAGGAGUUUAUUGAAGCAGCGCAGAAGCGGCGGAAGCACUUCUAUCAGAACUUUCGUGUCGAGCAUGUUCAAGGAGCUCUUGGUGCACGGUUUCGGCUUGAAGAGUUACCGCUCGAGACUGCAUCUAUGGUUUUGAUUCUGGCCACUGAAAGCUACAGCGGGUCUGCAAGCGCGGCUGACAGCCAAACACUUGCGGCAAUUGUACAGGUGCAGGAUAUCCUGGCCGAGCGCUGCAGUCCUGAGAAGGGCUCUGCUGUGAUCAUGCCACAACUUCUCGACGUCUCCAUUGAAGAGACUCUGAUACAAACAGGCAUCCACAACUAUGUCCUCUCUGGGCGGAUGGCUGCUCGACUGCUGGCAGUGAUCAGUGAAGUACCACAGGCUACCUGCAUCAUUGACUGCCUCACGACGCACAAAGUGUUCCAGUUUUCCAUCGCGAAGCUCCCGGAUUAUCCUGCGGCAACAAGUCUGAACUUCAGCGAAGGUGUAUCCUUCAAUGAUGUCACGAUGGUGGCUGCCCUUGCCAAUGAGGUGGUCUUGGGCUGGUCAGAACUUGAUGCAGGAGAAGCUGGGCCUUGGGAAAUGAACCCCAAGAACAGGACCGAGAAACGACCCUGGCCAGAGAAUGCUCGUUUGAUCGUGCUGAGGCGGACGAGGCAAUGGAAGCAAGCCUCGUACAGGGGACCGCGCAGUGCUUCUGUGGCACAUCCCUCGGAUGAACGGCGAGUAUGCCGCCGCGUUGAGUGA